AUGUUCCAAAGCCACGAUUCCAAUUCUCCAAAAGCAUUACGCAGCAUUCCAAUUCCAAUCCCUCAUCAGUCAUCCCUACUUAUGUCCAAUCCGCUGGAAAUUAGCCAGACACCUACCAUGGCUUUCAAUCUAGACCAAAGAAACCAUGGAUCACAUUCCAAGGAAAUCGUUACCGCUCAUCUAGAAAAAAGUCUACCACGGCCCAACUCUGCAAGUGAUGUGGUCAGUACUUCUCAUAUUGAGAGUUCAGUCCCUGUACACUGUGGAAUAGAAACUGCCAAGUGUGAUGCUGAUGUGAAUAAAAAUAGUAGUAAGGAGUACCAGCAAUCCAGUAAAUCUUUUCCUAGAAUGGAAACUGAAGUGACUGGGUCUCAACAUACAGCUACUGAGAAAAAAACAACUUUUGACACCACAUCUUGCACCACUGCAAAUGAAAAACAGUCACAACCUACUUGUCGUGUACUCCAGAGCAGUUCAUCUGAAUGCACUAUGUCCAACCAUAGUGCACCUGAAGAUGUCCCUAUACCACCACUUUCUGCUCCUAUGUCAGACCCUCAGUUUUUUAGCUUUGUCAUUCUUCACGCUCCUGACGAUGUGGAAAAUGCUUCCAGGGUCUGUAACAUUUUACGGAAACUUGGUGCUGGAGAAGGCACAACAUUCUAUGAGCAUUUUGAAAUCCCCGGUCAGAAUCCAAUCAAUAGCAUGGAAGAGGCUAUCGAGAACUGUGCCUUCAUCAUCCUAUUGUUUACAAAGUGUUUUGAAAACCAGUGGACAAAAUUCCAGUCAAACACUGCUCUCAUGUACUCUAUUAAUGAGCCUAGGAAAUUUGGCACAGUUAUCCCUUUCCUGCCUAAAGAAGACAGACUUGACAGACAUAAAAUCCCACUCUGCCUCCGUACUUUAACAGCCCUGGAUGAGAUGCUGCCUGCCUUUGAAAUGAAGGUGCGUAAGUCAUUUCCCCAGUAUAAGGUUCGGGAACAGGAGAAACUUUGGAAGACAAGGCAAAUGAUGCAACGGCUGAAAAUUGAGCCAUCCAACAGCAAUUCUGUACCAUCAAAUCACAAUCCCCAUAGAGCAUACCACCCUAUGCCUGCAAUGCCGCCACUGGCACAACAGCCUUUGCAAGGCUCAGGAAUUUGUCUGAAUUUUCCUCAGCAAUCCACAUCAGAAAAUAUGUUCUCCCCCAUUACAGUGAAUGGGCAAACCCCAAUUAUUCAGAUAAACAAUGCAGGAAAUGUACAGAUUGGGAACAAUAACAACAUGAGUGUUCAGGAGAUACCAGGUGCUUUUUAUGGAGAGAAUAACCAGGACUACCACGAGUGUACACAGAGAGAAGAAAAUUUUAACAAUGUUGAAGGGGAGAAUAUUGAAAGUGAAAACAGAAAUGCAUUUAAUUAA